CGGACCGUGGGGCGGGGUCACGUGGGGCGACGCGCGCCGGCUGCCGGGAGCUGGCUCGGCCGAGAAGGUCCGGCCCGUCGCCGGGGAUGGGGACUGGGACGUCGGUCGCGUAGGAGCCAUGCCACCGGGUCCCCGGGUCUUCCCCGCUCCUCGCCCCGGCCGCCGCGCCCCGCGUCCUCGCCGGGAUGGUGAACCUGGCGGCCAUGCUGUGGCGCCGGCUUCUGCGCAAGAGGUGGGUGCUCGCCCUGGUCUUCGGGCUGUCGCUGGUCUACUUCCUCAGCAGCACCUUCAAGCAGGAGGAGAGGGCAGUCAGGGACCGGAAUCUCCUCCAGAUUCAAGACCAUGAGCAGCCCAUCCCGUGGAAGGUGCAGUUUAACCUGGGCAACAGCAGCCGGCCAAGCAAUCAGUGCCGAAACUCCAUUCAAGGGAAGCACCUCAUCACAGAUGAGCUAGGCUAUGUCUGUGAGCGGAAGGACUUGCUGGCCAGCGGCUGCUGUGACAGCAGUGUCCCCAGCACGAAGCAGUUCUGCUGUGAUGGCUGCCUGGCCAACGGCUGCUGCGGUGCCUACGAGUUCUGUGUCUCCUGCUGCCUGCAGCCCAGCAAGCAACUUCUCCUGGAGCACUUCCUCAACCGGGCAGCCGUGGCCUUCCAGAACCUCUUCCUGGCGGUUGAAGACCACUUCGAGUUGUGUCUGGCUAAAUGCAGGACCUCCUCCCAGAGUGUGCAGCAUGAGAACACCUACCGGGAUCCCAUAGCCAAGUACUGCUACGGAGAGAGCCCACCCGAGCUCUUCCCUGCGUGACGACGGACAGCUGGGCAGGAGGCCCUGAGGCGCUCACCGGGGCCCACUCUAGCACACAGGCGGUCCACUGGAGGAGCCAGGUGGCGCCAGGAUACCAGGACACCUUCGCCUCGGCCUCGCGUAGUGUCGCCAGGCUCUGCUCACCAGGAGGCAGUACCAGGUGGAACUCUUCAGUCCGGCAGCCGAGAGCCUGGGCUGGCCCUGUGGGAGAGAAGCUGCAGGCUGGGCUGGAGCAACGCUGGCCGCUGCAGGACGCGGCCCAGGCCCCUGCGCAGGGACCGGGACCUUGGGGCUGUCCGGCGUCCACUGCCAUUGUGACCCAGGCCCUUUCAUGAUACAUUUAUUUAUUGGAUUUCUUUGGAAUGGUGGGAAAAAUACAGUGUUUGGUAUAGGACACUGGCUUGCCUUUCUAGUUGAAUAUACUCCAGGAAAUUACUUUUGUUGUUUCUGAGUUUCAUGAGCUGUCAUCCAUUCACCCAGAUAAAAUGGUUUGUCGCUUA